UGCUGGUUCUGGUCGCUCCGUCGCCUCUUCGCCGCCGUGCAGCCCACUUCUCCUUCGCAGGGGGAGCUGACUUGAUGCGCAUAAUAAAUCGUCCCUGCGAGAUUCCCUUUCAAGCCCAUUUCCAGACCGACGCGUGUUGGAUUUGAGAGCGUAAACACAGGCGAGAGUCGAGCCUCUUAACUGGGGAUGUUUCAAAUGUGAUUCAACACGGCAAACAACGUUUCCAUGGAGGAUCAAUCUGUCGCUUUUCCUGAGAGGGCUGAAUUUGGUUCCUGCUGGUCUCAAGAUAUUUCAAGAUAAGAGGUAAGACACAACAAUUCUAUUAGCCCAUGAGCGCGCUUUGCAAUUGUGGACGUGCCCAAAUAGAGAAAGCUAAAUUAUUUACACAGUGAUAUUUAUAUGCUGAAAUAUUUAUUGACUGUAAAGAGCUCACACGUCGACCUGUCUUGCCCCGCUGUCCCGAAUUGGCCCAUCAAUUCCUUUGACAAUGAUUAUUUAGGCUGGAGUAACGUGACGUGCCCUCCCAACUGCAGCCGAUUCCUCCACACUAGGGUAGUCUGGUUUUGGAGGGGCAUGCGUUCAGCCACAGGCACGUUGGAAAUGUUGUUUUUAAAUAAGGAGCUGUUUUCUGUCUCGGCUGUGCCUUUCCUUGUCAAACUGGUGUGUAGACGCUGUUACAUUACUCACAUUGUAGCCUCGAACUGCUUCCUGUGGUUCCUACCUGGUGUGGUGCAGCCUGGCUGCACUUUACCUCACCCUCUGAAAUGUGUUGCUACAGGCCUAAACCAACACAUUGGUGUGCAUAUGGUGCUAGUAUGCACACAAAAAAAAACACCAUACAUGUGCAAGGACCCUAUUCCAAAUGUAUCAGAGGGAGAAACAAAAAAUACAUUAUUUAAGCCUUGAGAAGUGUCACAGCAAUGAUUGGCUGUAUGCCUCCGGAGAUACAGUAAGUGUAAAAGGUGCACACACACACACCAUAUCUUCCCUGCAACAUUCACCAGGUAAUUGCAUACUAGUAUGCCACAGUGUCAGCUGGAAUGAAUGCAGCUAAGGCCUUCAAAGUAAGUACACUCCCACUCUGCCAGCUGGGCUAUUUGUUCAACCAGCGUGUUACUUGGAUGCAGGCAGAGUGAGAUGGAGGUGGUAGAUAUCGUGAUUAUACAUUAUUUAACCCAGUCAGUGGUGUCUUGGUAAAGGAAGGAUCCCUCAGUGAUUGAGAGUGAAUCACCCUGUGAAGCUUUCUCACCUCCUCCUAUCAGUGUCAUCGUCAGCACCAUUAUCCAUGAGGGCUAGCUGGGAGUGUGUGCGUGUUGGCUAUGCGUGCUUGUGUGUAUCGUGCGUGUGCAUGUGUGUAAACAAUAUUACACAGUAUGUACAUGCAAAUCUCUGAGUGAUCUGCUCUUUGUUGUAUCGCUGGCAGAACUCCACAUUUUUUUGCGUUUGUGAAUGAUUUAUUAAAUCUGAAUAAAACAAAGGAACUUAUUGCAUCAGCUGUUACGCGGUGGCAUCCCUGACAAAAACCCAUUACAGAUGCAAACCAUCACAUGCAUAGUCGACAGUAGUGUAAUACCCACUGUACCUUCUUCCACACACCAAUCCUCAGUCCUGAGGUGCCAGCAGUAUGCACACUGUGGGCCUAUCACUGAGGUUUGGCAUGCAGGACUCGUCUUGAGAGGAAGCGUACCAAUCCAAUUUAGCAGACUUUGGGUGGAAGAAGAAAGGACCGAGCAAACAUGAAAGGUAGGGAGGAAAAUUCUGGUUGAGACCCCACGUGUCUGAUUUGACAUCCAGGCAGCUGACAAACAAUUAGACCCUCAAUAAGUAGCGCUCUGAACCAGGCUCGCCCCAGGAUUAGUCCACAAAUGAGCCGCACAUCACGGCUUAUGUCUUCUAAAUGGGAAGCGAGUGUGUGUGUUAUACGCGUUGUUCACGCGGUGAGAAAGUGAGUUUGGUGUGUAGGUGUGUGUGGGCUGUGUGACAUUUAGCAGAUUGGUGUUAUUAUCUGGCUCUGCCCUUAAUAUAUCUUGAACACCUCUUGAAGAACUGUGUGUGUGUGCAGACCAGGCUUAUUCAUGCGCAUGCUUUUAUGCAGUACAACACUAUUGUACAUCGAUGUGCAUAUACUCUGCACACGUGAAUGUGCGCGUAUAGCUGCUCACUUAACUGCUGUGUUAUGGCUGGUUCUCUGUUGUGGGUGUGUUUGGCAUUUCAUAAUUGCAUCAUUACUCGCUCGGUCUCCUGCAAGAAGUUGGUGCAUCGCAAUCUGCAGCACAUGUUACAAGCAGACAGACACUUGCCCUUGAUUAUGGACCUGGAUGGAACGGCUUCCUCAUCAGGCUGUCUUGAUUCACCGCAGCAUGUGGGGAGACACAUGCUGCGGUGGGUGAAUCUAAUUGAUUGGAUGGCACCCAAUUCCCAGGUCCAAGUCUCCUCAGGCAGCCAGAGUGAAUCCGUCCAAGUGAAGGAUGAGCUUAGGUGUUGGUCGCCACCCUAAUAGAUUGGCACGGGCUUCUUCCCAUAUGCCUCUAGUAUCACCCUCAGACAUCUCUGACUGCAAGUUGGCCAACGCCCGGCACAAAGUGACACUUCCUGGAUCUUCGAUGAUGGACAGAAGUAAUGAGACACAUCCUGCACCAAACCCCACAUCCAAUUUUUUUUAUCAUAGCUCUAUUUCCACUUCUAAAAUGUGCACUUCCCCUGUCUUCUACUGAUGGAUGAACACAAGACAUAAUGCUGAAAGUGGGAUGAAAAUAUUGGUGUUCGCCGAGUUUUUUGUUUCACCACAAAGUCCUUGUUCCAACAGGUCAAGCUCCCCUCUCUCGGAGAACACAAGUGCCAUUUCAAAGCUUAUUGAAUGAAAGUCUCAUUUGCCCUUGGCUGCCAAAGAUGACGUUGCCAUGGAAACAGCUUCUACUGUUAUCAAUCAUCGACUGUCUGGCAGAUUGUCUGGACAGCGGAUCAUACCAUGGUCCAAGAUGGAGGAUGGAGCCAGGUGACUUGUUCAUUCCUAUGGACUCCAUAGAAGAAGAAGCUACUCUGACCUGUGACGCAAAGGGAACGCCCCCUCCUCAGUACAGAUGGUCAUUGAAUGGGACUCUCAUAAAUCUGGGCCUGGAUCGCCGGCGGCGUCUGUCUGGGGGCAACCUCAUUAUAAGCAGUCUGGACCGCUACCAGGAUGUAGGACUGUACCAGUGUAUGGCGUUCAACACUGUAGGAGCUAUCCUCAGCAGGAGAGCAAGUCUGCAGUUUGCCUACUUAGAUCAUUUCAAAGUCCACACCAGAAGCGCAGUGUCGGUCCGCGAGGGACAAGGAGUGGUGCUUCUUUGUGGAACGCCCACUUCCUCAGGAGACCUUACGUAUGCAUGGGUCUUCAAUGAGUACCCGUACUUUGUUCAACAAGACAAUCGACGUUUCGUCUCCCAGCAGACGGGAAACCUUUACAUUGCCAAGGUGGAGCCCACUGAUGUGGGUAACUACACUUGCGUCGUGAUGAACAGCAUCACAAAGGGCAAAGUUCAGAGCUCACCCACGUCUCUGAUCCUCAGGACAGAUGGAGUGAUGGGCGAAUACGAGCCGAAAAUAGAAGUUAAUUUCCCAGACAAUGUCCCCGCCGCGAAAGGAUCAACAGUUACGCUGGAGUGUUUCGCCCUCGGGAACCCUGUCCCAGAAAUCACCUGGAAGAGGGCUAACGGCGUUCCCUUCCCCAGUAAAGUCAAAAUGAAGUACUCGAAUGCGGUGAUGGAGAUCCCCAGCUUCCAGCAGGAUGAUACAGGAGGAUACGAGUGUGUGGCUGAGAACAAGAUGGGCAAGAACAUAGCCACUGGUCGACUGGCAUUCUAUGCCAAGCCUCAGUGGAUGCAGGCCAUGAAGGACACAGCCCUGGCCAUAGAGGAGAGACUAUACUUGGAAUGCCGAGCCAACGGCAAGCCCAAACCCUCCUACACAUGGCUGAAGAACGGCCAACAGCUACUCUCAGAGGACAGAAUCCAUGUGGAGGACGGAGUCCUGUCAGUGUCGGUGCUGACACUAUCCGACGCCGGCAUGUACCAGUGUGUGGCUGAGAAUAAACACGGCGCCAUAUAUUUCGCUGCUGAACUGAUGGUUUUAGCCUCUCCUCCAGACUUCACAGGGAACGUCCUCAGAGCUUUGCUCAAAGCCAAGGCAGGAACUACAGUGACUUUAGAGUGUAAACCACAGGCCUACCCCAUCGCCAGCAUUUUAUGGAAGAAAGGGAACCUGCCUAUCCACACCAGUGACAGGAUCACACUUUCCCCAGAUGGAACAUUGAGGCUUGCCAACGUGAGCAAGUCUGAUGCAGGCAGCUAUACGUGCUUCGCUAGGAAUAGAUUUGGCAUGUCGAGUACAACUGGAAGGCUCCUCGUUACCGAUCCAACCAGAAUCACCCAGGGGCCAGUGGACAUGGAGAUCAUCGUAGGCGAGAGCAUCGUGCUACCCUGUCAGGUCGCCAGUGACCCCGUCCUUGACGUUUCUUUCUCCUGGGCCUUCAACGGACAACUCAUCGCCAAGGGAGACAGUCACUUUGAGCUAGUGGGUGGGAGAGCAGCAGGAGAUCUGAUGAUCAGGAACAUUCAGCUUUACCAUGCCGGCAAAUAUAUCUGUGUGGUGGACACGGACGUGGAGAGCCUGUCAGCCGUGGCUGUAUUGAUUGUCAAAGGCCCCCCCAGUCCUCCAGACUCUGUGACGGUGGAGGAGGUGACAGACAGCACAGCCCAGCUGGCCUGGAGUCCCGGCAGACACAACGGCAGCCCAAUCACCAAUUACCUCAUCCAGACCAGGACUCCCUUCACCGUGGGCUGGCAGAGGGUUAAUACAGUCCCAGAGCUAAUCAAUGGGAACACACUGACAGCCACUGUAGUGGACCUCAAUGCCUGGGUGGAGUAUGAGUUUCGUGUUUUGGCCAAAAACAGUGUUGGGGUUGGAGAACCUAGCCCUGUGUCAGUCAAGACCAGGACAGAGGAUGCAGUUCCUGAUGCAGCACCAGGUGACGUGGGUGGAGGAGGUGGAAGCAGAUCGGAACUGGUCAUCACAUGGGAGCCUGUCCCCGAAGAACUACAGAAUGGUGAGAGCUUUGGUUACAUCAUUGCUUUCCGCGCCUUCGGAGAAGUUAGCUGGACUCACGUGGCCACCUCUGCCCCUGGUGCAUCGCGCUACGUGUACCGCAACGACAGCAUCACGCCCUUUUCUCCGUUUCAUGUCAAGGUUGGCACUUACAACAGCAAAGGACAGGGUCCCUUCAGCCCCGUGGUCACCAUCUACUCUGCAGAGACUGAGCCAAGCGGGAUGCCAGCAGGAGUUUGGGCCAGAAGUGUCUCUGCCUCUGAGAUUGAGGUGAAUUGGCAGGCGCUCUCCUUCUCCCCUGAAAGGGUUCUGGGCUAUGAGGUGGUAUACUGGGAAGAUGACACUAAACCAGAGACCAUGGGGAAGGUUAGGGUGCCUUGGAACCAAACCUCAGUCACAGUGAGCGGCUUGGCAGGAAACACGCAGUAUUUCCUCACAGUGAGCGCCUUCAACACAGCGGGCACCGGCCCCUUCCUCCCUGCAAUCAAUGUCACCACCAAAAAGCCACCACCAGCGCAACCGCCGCUGAAUGUCGAAUGGACACUAAUUGGCUCUCAGCUGUCUCUUUACUGGGAACCUGUGUUGGCGACGGAAUCAGAGUCGGAAGUUACAGGCUACCAACUGUCAUACAGGAGACAGAGGCACAAAGAGGUAAACACACUCACAACAGCCAAUUCGACAGCAGAGCUGACCCUCCCUGAGGAAGAUGACGACUACAUCAUCCACAUUCAGACGCUGAGUGAAGGAGGGCUGGGCCCAGCCUCGGAUCCCAUACGAAUCCACCAACUAAGUAUGAGUGCCCGCGGCUCCAGAGCCUGGAGUGCGUACAUCUCCCCCAUCUCCCUGCUCGUCGCCAUCGCAAUAUCAACAUCCAGGUCAACGUCGUGACACCAUGACAAACUCUGCUCGGUUUUUCAACCUUCUUAUUGGUAUUUUUUUUUUUUAAUGAAAUUUGUGAAAGUUGCUGAGUUUUUUCUCUAAUUUUUGGAGGUGACCACAUACGAUUUUGCAGUGAUAGAUUGCGGGUAUGAGGCAGCACAAGAGUGGAGCGUGCUGUCAGGCACUUGAUUUAACAGUAAAUGCUUGAGCUUUUUCUUCACGUAGGUCUGACAUGUUUGCAGGUUGGAACAAUGCUCCAUUUCAACUCUUUUUUUGUUGUUUCGACUCUAGAUUGAUACAGAUGCCUUACUUCCAUCCAUGUGCCAAAGUAGUUUCAGCCUACUUGUUGUUGCUAAGACAGCUUGUUUCCUCAACAUUUUAUUCCUCACAGUUUCUUAUUAUUGAAGGUCUCAGUGUACCUUGCAGAGGGCCGUGAAGAGAAGUUGUAUUUUGUAUUUUUGAAUAUUUUCAGUUUUCCUCUCCACACCUGAAUUGGCGAGUAGGAACAUGUUUAUUCACCCGUGCCCGUGCCUUUGGAGAUUCUUGUGACGCCGCCACUCAUCGACACUAGUCAGUCAGUGUUCCAGAACGUUCCGCCUUCAUCUUACCCUGCUCCAUUAAAGUUGUCCCAGAUGAAACACAUAAAAACAGCUCACAGUGCCAGUGUUAGCCAUUUACCUUUCAUUAUUUGAUUGUGCAGAGCUGAAUGUGUGCCAUGAGGUUUUAAUGGCUCAGACCAGCUAUUGUGAUGGCCUGCUGAUUGAUGGAUUGGACUUAACUCUGCAUUCACAAAGAUUACAUCUGCCUGUAUACAGCAGUAGUGGGAGAGGUAUGCGACUGCCAGUGUAUUUCCUUCAACGCUAAUGCUGAAACAAUCAGUCAUUCACCAGGAAAUAAUCAACAACAAGUCAUUUUGGUCAUUCAUCAAGGAAAAAAUGCCAAACACACCCAAUAAGUGUGCGUUCGAUUGCAAUCCAUUUGCCUUCACAGAAUCCAAGUCGGCGGGUACUAUCCCACUUUAUACCAUGGCCACAUGCCAACAAACUGUUAUAUAUCAUCAAAAUAGGACUGUCAUUCAGGCAUUCUGUUGAUUAUAUAACAGUUUUAUAUCACUAUUCUGAUUUUACUGUUGCAACAAUAUUCCCAUAUUGAAACAAUUAUCGCAUUUUAACCCUGGCUAUAUAACGGCUGGCUUUCUGACACUUUCGCCUUACGACUUAAACAUAUUUCCCAAAAUUUUGAACCGUUCCUUUAAAUCAUGAAUUAUCAGAGUCAACCAUGUGAUACUUUCUGUGCAUUUUUGACCUCUGGAACUAUAGUUUCACAAAAUAAUCUCAGCUCAAGGUGUACUUACUAGCUUUCAAGCUCAUAUCAGCAUCACAUGACGGUAGUUUCUAACUUGUCAGGUGUCUCUCGUUGUCAACUGAACCACCUCCAACACAACGGAGUAAACUCCAUGUGCUGAUGACAACUGGGACCUGGUUGAAAGAUGACUUGAGAAUGCCAAAUGUACCUUUAGUAAGGAUUAUUUUGUCAAAUAAAUGUAAUACUGGUGCAUUCAUUUAUAGUAGCCAACAAACACCUGUGUCAGAAGUGUCUGGUUAUACUGUCCCGUUACCAGACAUAAAGGGACGCCUGACAGCCAAUCAGGAAUCCAGAAAUCUCAGCGGCCAUGGUAUGGUGUCUUGGGGUUUCGGACUUGGUCAGACAAACAAAGACGUACAUUUGGAAACAGCACCUCGGGCUCUGGGAAAUUGUGAUGUGCAUUUUUCUUAAUUUUCUUACAUUUUGCAGACUGACUGAUUGAUAAAUAAUCAUUAGUUGGAGCCCUAGUCUACAUCCACGUGGACAACACACAGUAGUCGUGCCAGUGCAUAACGUGCAUAAUCAGCCAUUGCAGUCGAGACAAGGGGUUUAAAGUGCUGCCAAUUGUGCCAGUCUGAUAAUUGAAAUCUAGCCACCAAGCUUAGACAUUAUUUGGCAAAAUGUAUGGUCAGCUGUGCUUUAAUACUUUGUGAAUCUGUCCUUUCUUGUCAGUUGUAUUGGCUUUUUUAAUGUGGUACGUGUUGUCAUUG